AUGAUGCCCGUCAGCUACAUGCAUGUCGAAGCGAUGCAUGUUGCUUUCUUGGUCUCCAUGGAGGUCCUGACGCGUCUGCACACAACGGUUGCCCUGCCUCGGCACCCCGAGCAUGAGAAUCCUGCUCCCGCGCAGUGGACCUCCAGUGACGCCUGGCACAGCCGCGGCGCUGCCUCUGUGGAAGGCCGCUCCGCGGGGCUCCACCACGUUCCCAUCGUCUACACUUACACAGAGGAGAGCUCGGCCAAAGGGAAGCUGAUGCUGCAGGCCUCGGUACUCUCAGCACUGCGCCACAUGAGCGACGCAGAAAAAUUGGGGCCGUCUGCGCCGACAUUCGCGCGCAUGAGUUGCCCGCGCAGGCUCGCGCGUGCGCGCCCUCGCUUCCAGUGUGGCGUGCCGCGCUGGCGGCCCCCGUAA